AUGGAGGACCGGACGGGCGAGUCGCACGGCGGACCCAGCCGAGUAGUGGUCGACCUCGGCCAACUCUCAGGAGGACUUGCGGAUGACGAAGGGCGUGACCUUGUCGCCAGGCAACUGGACGCGUGGUUGACGGAGAUGGCCAAGGACGGUGACGCGCAGACGAAGGACGCCCCAACCAAGGUGGAGGCAUCACCAGCGGCGCUGGCAACUGCGCUGACUGCAGAGCAAAGACGCCACGACUUGACGAGGGCCAAGGCACUACGGAAACGCGUUGCUGAAGCGAGUGUGCGUGAGCAGCUCACAGCGGACAUGGCGGUGGGCAGCUUGAUGCUGACGGACUCCAUGCCCAAGGAGCCCGACGGGAGCGAGACCAAGGGCGAACUGGCGAGAGGAGUGACGGCAGAGGCACCGUUCCAGAUGCCCGAGCCGAUGGCGGAGGAGAACCGCCAAGAGGAAAUUGCCGGUGGAAGCAUCGUGGGCGAGGUGGACAUCCGUGACGGUGCGGCCAAGCAAGUGAUCAUGGCGGCAGCGGAUCUGGACGCAGUGGAGCCCGACGAAUGGACGCGGCCCGUGGAAACGACAAUCCGCGUCUCAAGAACGAGGCGCAGAUUCGAGAAGCGAGUGGGGAAGGCGAGAGCGCGAGAGCAGCGCCGGAUCCGUGAGUGGUUGGCCGCGCGAGCGAAGACAGAGGGCGGCUACGCCGCGCUUGGACGACGCGGAGGCGAUGCACCGAGGGGCAAGAAGCCCAUGAAGCAGUACCGCUACCAUAGUGGCAGCAUCUACCGGCAGCCGAGCAUUGGCUGGAUCGACGAAGGGACGCGGCCAGUACGAGUGGGGAGACUACGGGCAGUCCGUGCACCGGCGACGGACACGUUGCCGACGGCACGAGUGAUGAUGCGAGAGCAGUGGUGCGACAUCAAGCUGGACACAGGUGCGCAAUACACCGUGGCCGGCGAGUCGUGGAAGCGCUUGGGCAUACAGCAGGACGAGCUGCCGCCAGUGGACUUCGUCGAGGGGUUCACGGGCACCGUGGCCAGAGUGCUCGGAGUGUGGCAGUUCAAGAUGGAGACGCAGUACGAGCAGACAAUGUCCGUGAAGGCGCUGGUGGUCGAGGGCGCUGCUGACGAGUUCCUGUCAGGAGAAGAUUGGAUGCUGGGCAACGGGGUGAAGAUCGACUUCACCGCUUGCGAGAUGAAGUGGUACAGCGGGGACAUCAAGAAGAUCGUGCCGUUCUCCUGCACCCGUGAAGGGCCACAGGGCGAUUCGGGUGACACUGGUGCGUCGGGCGAAGAUCGGCACUCGGACCUGUCACAACGUGGAGCUGGCAGAGGCGGCGCCGGAGGGCACUACGGGCGUCUUCAUGCCCGCCCCGCGCAAAGAGCUACAACUGUUGUUGGCUCCAACGUUGACGACAGUCCGAGGUGGUAA